CUCUAUUCUACCAACCGUUCACCACUACAUAUAAUACUUCACUAUAUUAAAAUAAAAACUCUUAUUAUUCCAAUCUUAUAAGUUUUUUUAUUUUAUAUUCUUUCUUCUUAUUAAUCUAUUAAAUAAAUUACAACAACUUAAUUUAUUUUUAAUAAUUCCUCAAACCACUCCUUGAUAGUGCUUCUAAAACAAGAAUUAAGAUAAAUUAAUUUAUAAAAAAAAUAAAACAAAAUGCUUUCUCGUUCUGUUUUACGUUCAGCUACUCGUGGUGUUUUAGCUGCUAACGCUUCUCGUUCAAUUGCUCGUGUCGCUCGUCCUGCUUUAGUUGUUGCUGGUCGUCGUUACGCCUCAUCAAAAGCUCAACCAACUGAAGUCUCUUCUAUCUUAGAAGACCGUAUCAGAGGUGUUUCCGAAGAAGCUAACUUAGAUGAAACUGGUCGUGUUUUAUCUGUUGGUGAUGGUAUUGCUCGUGUUUUCGGUUUAAACAACUGUCAAGCUGAGGAAUUAGUUGAAUUUUCAUCCGGUGUUAAAGGUAUGGCUCUUAAUUUAGAAGCCGGUCAAGUUGGUAUUGUCUUGUUUGGUUCCGAUAGACUUGUCAAGGAAGGUGAAACUGUUAAACGUACUGGUAAGAUUGUUGAUGUCCCAGUUGGCCCAAAAAUAUUAGGUCGUGUUGUUGAUGCCUUGGGUAACCCAAUUGAUGGUAAAGGACCAAUUGAAUCCGUUGGUUUCUCUAGAGCUCAAUUAAAAGCCCCAGGUAUUUUACCAAGAAGAUCUGUUUUUGAACCAAUGCAAACUGGUUUAAAAUCCGUUGAUGCUUUAGUCCCAAUUGGUAGAGGUCAAAGAGAAUUGAUUAUUGGUGAUCGUCAAACUGGUAAGACUGCUGUUGCUUUAGAUACUAUUUUAAAUCAAAAGAGAUGGAACAAUGGUACUGAUGAAUCUAAAAAAUUAUAUUGUGUUUACGUUGCCGUUGGACAAAAACGUUCCACUGUUGCUCAAUUAGUUCAAACUUUAGAACAACAUGAUGCUCUUAAAUACACUAUUAUUGUUGCUGCUACUGCUUCUGAAGCUGCUCCAUUACAAUAUUUAGCUCCUUUUACUGCCUGUGCUAUUGGUGAAUGGUUCCGUGACAAUGGUAAACACGCUUUAAUCAUCUAUGAUGAUUUAUCCAAACAAGCUGUUGCUUACCGUCAAUUAUCAUUACUUUUACGUCGUCCACCAGGUCGUGAAGCUUACCCAGGUGAUGUCUUUUACUUACAUUCCCGUUUAUUAGAAAGAGCUGCUAAAAUGUCUGACAAAUUAGGUGGUGGUUCUUUAACUGCUUUACCAGUUAUUGAAACUCAAGGUGGUGAUGUCUCUGCUUAUAUUCCAACUAAUGUUAUUUCCAUUACUGAUGGUCAAAUUUUCUUAGAAGCUGAAUUAUUUUAUAAGGGUAUUCGUCCAGCUAUUAAUGUUGGUUUAUCUGUCUCUCGUGUCGGUUCUGCUGCCCAAGUUAAAGCUAUGAAACAAGUUGCUGGUUCUUUAAAACUUUUCUUAGCCCAAUAUAGAGAAGUCGCUGCUUUUGCUCAAUUUGGUUCUGAUUUGGAUGCUUCAACCAGACAAACUUUAGCUAGAGGUGAAAGAUUAACUCAAUUAUUGAAACAAAAACAAUAUACUCCAUUAGCUGCUGAAGAACAAGUUCCUUUAAUUUAUGCUGGUGUCAAUGGUUACUUGGAUAAGAUUCCUAUUGAACAAAUUGGUAAAUUUGAAGAAGACUUCUUAGCCUACUUAAAAGCCAAUGAAGGUGAAAUCUUAGAAGCUAUCCGCGUUGAAGGUAAAUUAUCAGAUGCUUUAUUAGCUAAAUUAAAAUCUGCUACCGAAUCAUUUGUUGCUACUUUUUAAGUAAGCUAAGUUUAGUAUAUUAUUAUUGAAUUUAAUUUAACUUAUUAGUAAUACUGGUUAAUUUAUUAAGUUGAUUUAUUUACACCUAUAUAUAAUUAAUAUUUAGAAUGAUUGGUUUUUUGUUUAUCUCUUUAUUAGUCUACUUGUCUGAAAUAGCAUUCAUAUUCCUUUAAAAAAAAAAUAAAACUUUUAAUGAAAAUUACGAUAAAAAUUAUACUAACGCCUAUUUUGUCUUUUUUUCUUCUUUUCGAGAGAAGAUUACCUCUACCCAAUAUAUCUUUUAAAUGAAUACUUAUUUUAUU